GGCCACCCAGGGAUUAAGACAAUUUUCACAACAUAUCCAGCGCUCAGACAUUGUUUACCUUCACGCUUGUUGGUUGGUUACGAGUGAAAAUAACUAUUUCUGAGUAUUUUAAAUUGGUGUCUUGCAUGUAUCAAACCAUUAAAUAAACCUUGAAGUAUUUAUCAAUAUUCUUAAUCAUGGGCUUGCUUGAUCUUAUUAGGAAGAUGAAACAGAAAAACAAAAAAGAACUUCGUAUACUGCUGUUGGGACUAGAUAAUGCUGGCAAGACAACCAUAUUAAAAUCUCUUGCAUCUGAAGAUGUUAGUCAUAUAACACCAACACAGGGCUUCAACAUCAAAUCUGUGCAAUCACAGGGGAUUUUGUUAAAUGUUUGGGAUAUUGGAGGUCAAAAAACUAUCCGACCAUAUUGGAGAAAUUACUUCGAAAAUACGGAUGUUUUAAUAUAUGUUAUUGAUAGCGCUGACAGAACAAGAUUUGAAGAGUCUGGCAUUCAACUAGCAGAAUUAUUAGAAGAAGAGAAAUUAGCUCGAACUCCAUUGCUGCUCUUCGCAAACAAACAAGAUUUAAUGAAUGCAGCUCGUUCAACUGAGUUGAUGGAUGGGUUAAAUUUAAAUGCAAUCAAAGACAGACCAUGGCAAAUUCAGCAAUGUUCAGCACUUAGUGGGGAAGGGUUAGCAAAUGGUAUGGAAUGGAUCAGAAAAAACAUAAAAAGCUAGUAAUUGUAGUUGUCUGGUAGUUUUUUUUUGUUUUUUUUUAACUGUAAUUUAUUUGCAAGAAAUGCAGGAAGAUGUAAACCACUUUUGUCUCGUCUACCGGCAGAUUUCAUGUUUGCGUUAAAGAAAGCGCACGUGCUUAUUUUGCCAUCAAAGAAAUUUCUGAUAAUGUAUUGUAGAUAAAUUUUUUUGAUUUAAUUAGUUAAUUUGUUGAUUUAUCCAGAAUUUUUGUGUAACAAAUCUCCUGAAUGAUAUAAAGAGACGCCUUAUUACGUGAAGUGUCAUCACAGGCCGAUUGAUGUUAAUUUGAUGCUGGAAUUAUGCUUAAAAUGAUAAUAUAUUUAUCUUUUAAA